GUACAUCCACCGAUUCUUCCUUUCCCGAUAAAAAAAAUCUAAAGCACCCAUAUUAUCUCUCUCAAUCUCUCAUGUCUCUGUUCAUAUUCUCAUGGAAAAGAGAUCCAGGUCUCUCUUAGAUUGGAACAACGAAAUCUUUGUCUCUCCCAAUUGCAAAUUUGCAGCAAGGACGUUAGGCCAUGGAUUCUGCGCUCAUCUCCACAUGGAAACAGAUCGUGUCUCUCCCAAAUUGCAGCAAGGAAUUUAGGGCAUGCAUCUCCUGCGCUCAUGGAGCUUAUUACAUUUUCUCAAUCCCUCAACCAAGAUGGGCAGGGGGUGGGGGAUAUGGAGAAGGACGGAGCUCCUGUUGUGGUUGGUGUCAUCGCAAAUGGUGGAUGUUGACCAUGCUGUCCCAUGGAGGGAAGGUAAUCUUGAAGAACAACUAUCUCGCAAAGACAUUGACCAUCCACUCAGCGCAACAGCAGGACAUAUGCAGGUACACUGGAGCAUAAUUCUAUCAAUUACCUAUGGAAGACAGUCCAACAUGGAUGCUCUUAAGAGUACAUCAUUUGAGGAUGUGCACAUGGUGUAUAUGCUGAUGAAGGAAGCCUAGGAACAAGCAUAUUUACGACAUACAUGGAGAAGAUGGUGUCCAAUAAAGGGAAAAGCAGCGAAGUAAAACAUGAUUAGUUUAGAGUGACAUGAAAGCAGACUGUCUUUCAACAAUAGGUGGAUUCUAAAGAUAAGGACAGGUGUACAACGCAAGAGCUAUAAUAAGGCCUAACAUGGUUGUUGGAAGAUGUAUUUGUACAAUAAUAGGCAUGCACAUGCAGCUGUAGUAAAAAGAGUUAAUAACUUAAUAUGAGAUAUUCAA